GUGAUGGAUUUGGGAUCUAACUCAAGAAACUCACCCACGAUGCAAUAACUGUGCGCGAUUAGACAGAGCUUGCACUUACGACAAAAGGGUGGUUUGGGAACAGGAUGCAUUUGUGAGAGGGAUUGCAUUUGGUCGGUCAGAACAGUAUAAAAGGAUUAAACAGCAACAGAUCGGAAAUGCAAACGAGGGGCUCGAACAAACUCUUAGUCAGCGGGUAGCAUCCGAGUCGGUACCAUGGCUACCUUUGCAAAACGCGAACACCUUAUUCAUUAAUCUAACGCAACAGGAUUUCGUCAAUAUCAUGGAGCGCGAUGAUGCACUAUCGAGCAUACCUGACCCAACACCGAAGCAACCUCAUAGUCCGCAGCCUCAAGAACGCGAGCUUCUUUUAUACUUCAUCAACUCCAUUUGCCCUGUUUGUGUGUGUUAUCCAGAAAAGUCUAAACUAUCGUCACACCCACUUGAAUCAAUUGAUUCGUUUCGGUAUAAGCUGAAUCCCGAAACAAACCCUUACCUUUAUCUAAUUGUUCCACUGGCGGCAGGAUCAGCAAUGGUGCUGAAUUCGAUCCUGGCCGCUAGUGCAUACCAGUUAUUUCUGCUAGGAAAGAAAGAGUUUGAAGAAAUCUCUGACAGUUACACAAAGCAGGUGCUAGGGGAGCUUCCACAUGCCAUUGGAGAUAUACAUAACAUGGACGAGGUUCUUGCAACCAUCAUAAUGCUCUGCUUCAAGGAGAUUUCCUCAAACUGCGGGUCUGGAGCUCAAUGGACCACGCAUCUUGCCCAAGCAAAAGAAUUGCUGAAAGAAAAUAGAAUGCGCACUAAUGAGAGUCCGGUAUCUAAAUUUUUUACACGGUACUUUAUCAGCCACGAGGUGUUGGGAGAAACGGCCUGGGUUGGGGAAAACCAUUCAAACGACUCCGUGCCUCUUCCAAGACUACCACAACCAAUUUUCGAUGACCCUCAUUUGGAAACACUUCGCAAUGAUGGAGACACCCGAAUUGAUCUCGUUCUUGGUUGCAGCCCGUAUCUGAUCUCAAUAAUUCAUCGAAUUUCCAUGCUUGGUAAAUGCUAUGAGGACUUGGAGCUGGAAACAUCACAAGCUAGUCGCGACGCAAUUGAGGCAGAGGUUUGGAUCAGACGCGAACAUCUGCAUCGAGAAAUCGAGGAACUCUGCCAGGAAUUCGAAUCGACUCCGGAAGUUAAUGAUGAAGACGCACACUAUAUUGAAACAAUUGCCGAGAUAAAACGCCUAACCGCUAUCAUCUACUUAUUUGCUAGGAUCGACUUAGAAGCGUUUUACCAACACGACGGAAUAAUCUCAAAAUCCUUUCAUAAGAGACACGCAGAUACACAGCAGAUUUCUAAACAUAUUGUGUCUCUGAUGAGGUCACUCCCAGACAUCUACAUGACUCUGCUGUGGCCGUUAUUUGUCAUCGGCAUUGUGUCCACCGUCGCCGACGAAGACAGAUGGUUUGUUUUGAAUGCAUUCACCACUUUGCAAAAGAAAAGAGAGCUUGGAAGCGUCCGAACCGCUUGUUCUGUUGUCACGAGUGUUUGGAAGGAGAAAGAUCUGGGGUGUGACCACGUACGUUGGAGAGAUAUGAUUCGAGGUAAAGCAAGCACAUUGAGUCUUGCGUAAGUUAGUUGCUAAUUUGUCCAAUCGCUUAGCUCAUUGAGGUCCUUGAUUCUGUUUGAGCCACCAAACCUCCCUUGGAGGUUGUAUAUAUCUCUUCCCUCGGCAAUCUCUGGUCUCCAGCGCCAUGCUUUGCGAUAAGUUUCUGGUAAUCCCGAUUUUCCCUUCAUAAUGAGGUCGGAUAUGUAGUGGCCAAUUAUGGGCAUAUACUUGAAUCCUUGUCCAGAAUCUCCGGUUGCCAAUACAAGGCCCUUGAUGUCAGGAUGCUCACAAAUCAAGAAAUGACGAUCGGGUGUGUCGGUGCACCAGCAAAUUUUGGCAGCAUCAAAGGGACGCGUGCUGAUUUGGGGAAAUACCUGCUUCAAAAACCCUCUCAUUUGCUUUUCCGCUUCCACGGGGAUCUGGUUUCGAUAAAGGGGCGUCGAAAUAUUUUCAGUGCCGUCUUGGUUUAUGUAUCCUGGAAACUCGUUGCAAAACUUUAGGAUCCCAUUUUCGUCGGGCUCAAAAAGGAACCCUUCAUCUAGGUUCAAAAGAACAGGAGAGUUUUUCAGCGCUUUAGCCUCUUCUGAGGUAAGCUUUAUGUGACCCACGGUCCAGCAUUUGGCUAGUAGUUGGCCUUUAAAAUUGAGUAAUUUUGUUGAAUUUGCUCCAGCACAUAUAACGACACGAUCAGCUUUCAAGAUUGAUCCCGAAUAUGUGCGAACUCCGACACAAUUGAGCCCUUCCAUGAGCAAUUCUUCGGCAGUAUCCUGAACAAAAUGAGCUCCCUUCUGCUUGCAUUCUUUCCAAGCGUUACUUAAAGCUAGUGCUGCAAAUGUCCAUCCGCAUUUACUCUUUUGAAAAUAGCCUUUCCAAGAUUUGAAUCUGGAGUCAAGAUCCAAAGAUUUGAAGUCAUC